AUGCCCAGCAACGUCACUCAUCAUCUCAUUGACCACAACCAACUAAGGCCAAAAACAUGUCAAAACAAACUGACCAACGGCCUCAAGUCCAAGCAGCCCAAGCACUGGUGGGAAGAGGACAGCCGAGAGAACAGUCCCAUCAACGGCAACAGCAAUAGCAACAGCAACAACACGGGCGAGAGUGACGACAGCGACGUCAUCUUACUGUCCUCCAGUGACAGUGACAGCGACAGCGACGAUGACGAUGUGUCCUCCAAGGGGUCCUCCAAUGACGAGGACGACUUCAAUCCAUUCAGGGACAACUCUGAUGACGAUCCCUGGGUGACUCGCAAAUCCAAAGUCAAAGAAGAGAAGACCAAGAAGAAGAAGAAGAAAAAGAAAGCCGAAGAUAAGAACCUGCCGAUGAUGCGUAACCUGGAAGGGAAGAUGAACAGCACCCUCUAUGCGGCAGGCAUCCUGACGAAACCCAGACUGCCCAACACCCUGGCCACCAUGUCAUCAAUACCUGCAGCAACCAACUCCAUGCUUCUGCCGGGAAUGGACGCCUACGAGAGGGCCAUCCUGAUGAAGCAAGAACUCCUCGACAUGUGUGAGGAGAUCGGUUCAGUCCUUCCCAACAACACCCUGGAUGAGCUCAUUGAUGAGCUGGGUGGGCCUGAGAACGUGGCCGAGAUGACGGGUCGCAAAGGUCGCGUAGUGAGCAACGACGACGGCUACGUACGCUACGAAUCGCGCAGCGAGUACGACAUUCCUCUGGAAAUCCUGAACCUGACGGAGAAGAAGAGAUUCAUGGAUGGCGACAAGCAAGUAGCCAUCAUCUCAGAGGCAGCCAGUUCGGGGAUCUCCCUGCAAGCUGACAAGCGGGUACCCAACCAGCGACGUCGAGUCCACAUCACGCUGGAGCUUCCAUGGAGUGCAGACCGCGCCAUACAACAGUUUGGUCGGACGCAUCGAUCCAACCAAGUCCACGCCCCUGAGUACAUCUUCCUCAUCUCAGAGCUGGCUGGAGAGAGACGAUUUGCUUCUAUCGUCGCCAAGAGAUUGGAAAGCAUGGGUGCCUUAACACACGGAGACAGACGGGCCACUGAAACCAGAGACCUCAGCAUAUUCAACAUUGAUAACAAGUACGGCAGGGCAGCGCUGGAGUCGGUCAUGAAGUCAGUGGUCGACCUGCAGAGUUCACUGGUUCCACCCCCUGCAGACUACCACGGACACUUUCUCAGAGAUGCGAGGGAGGCCCUCAUAGGCGUAGGCAUGGUGGCCUACGAUGAGAGAUACCAUGUACCAGUACUCGAUAAAGAUUUCAACAACAUGUCCAAGUUCCUGAACCGCAUCCUGGGCAUGGAGGUGGAGAUGCAGAACCAACUCUUUGCCUACUUCACUGCCACCCUGGAGGCCAUCGUACAACAGGCCAAGAGAGACGGCAAAUACGACAUGGGCAUCCUGGACAUUGGAUCCAUGGACCAAGGUCAGAAGGUCAGGAAGCUGCAGACACAGACAUUUGUGCGGACGUUCUCUACCGGCACAGUGCACACGGAACUGCACAAGGUAAGCCAGGAGAGAGGGUUGUCGUGGGACAGCGCAUUGGAUAUGUGGAGCGCCCUCACCAAGCCAGAGGAAGGAUUCUACGUCACAUCACAGCCAACCAACAACAAGCGGACGGCAGUGCUAGUCAAAUAUGGCACCACCAGUAACGCCAUCAAAAAGCAUCUGGUCAAUGUGUUCAAGCCCAACAUUGGCAUGCAGGGGAAGAUGGAAAGCCUUGCCGAUGUGAGGAAGAAAUACCGCAAGGUGACGAUGCCUGAUGAAGCACAGGGAGCCUGGGAGGCCCAGUACAGUGCAGCUGAGAUCCUCUGUAGUCAUGCUUACUGGCGAGACAGCUGUAAGCGUGUCUUGGCCGGCCUGCCCUGCGAGAUCGGCCUGCGACGGCGCAACUUCUACAUCCUGUCCGGCUCGGUGCUGAGCGUCUGGGACCGAGUGGAGAAGAUCUUAGUCUUGCAGCCAGGCCCUGCCUCCAAGAUGCAGAUACUUCGCCUUAAGACUGACGACGGAUCAAAGAUUGUGGGUAUCAUGAUUCCAAGCAACUGCGUCCAAGCUGUGCGCAGCUCAUUGCUUGAGGGCGCCACAACCUAUGUGGACAACUUCGAAGACAAUGAAAUAAUCACACUGGACUAAAAGCUGAAGGACAUCAUGAGAACCACUGUCACGUCAAGAUUUUGCAGUUGAACUAAACUGUUUAGGAGAUAGUGGUGCCAACGGUUUUGAAGGAGAAUCAUCAAAACCAUCUCCACUAUGUCAUAAGAGUACACAACUUCAUGAGUGCAAAAAAAAACAGAACAAAGAUGACGUGAAAAGUAAUACCCAGUGUCCUUUUAACUUCCAGAGAAUUGUGACGUCAUAGUGCAGUACUAGUGAUAAUUGCCAGGUUGGUCAUUGUUUAGAUUUUGGGCCCACUUUUUUUCCCUGUUCCUGUUACAUCUGAUGUCUAUGGUUUGAUCAUUUUGAUGCACUGCUUAACUCUCCUGCUAUUUAGGCAGUCACAGACUAUCAAAAUUCACUUUCACUUUCCUGCUAUGCUUUUAACAAAGGCUAAUCACCAGCAGUCAGAUCACAUGUCAAGCAAGCACUGUGACUAGUCAAACUGGGUCAACAGACAAAGCAGGCAAGUUGUGGUCUCAGCUGUUUUAUCAC